AUGGCUUCAGAAAAUAAGCUCUAUGAUCACUUUAUGUUAACAUAUUAAAUACUCUAUUUAUUAGUGGAAGACUAAGAAUAAAAUCUAUUAUAUCCUCUAAUUUAGAAGUUUGCUGAAAAACCAAAAUACAUUGAAGAAUCAGAGACAGAAUUUGGAUUUACAGAAAGCUAUUACCUUUAAAUAUUUUCGAAUUAGUGUCUGUUUGAUUAAACUCCUAUUUUAAAUAUCAUUAAAUAAUUCAAUUAAUCCAAAACAAUUUUAAGUUUAAAUGAAAGUGAACAAACCACAAUUGAUUUUGCUGUCGAAAAUACAAUUAAAUAGAUAUUACUUUUCUACAAAGAAGAAAUUAAUUACUUUAGUGAAUUAAAAAAUUAUGUUAGAAGAUACAUUUAGGUUGAUGAGUAAAAUUUAGAGAAAUAUUUAGAAAAUGUGCUUUCAAUCAAUAAAGAAACAGAUAAAUUUUGUCUAAAAAUCAAUAACUAAAACUAAACUAACUACUUUAAUUUAGGAAGAUCUUUUUGUAAUAUGAGCAACAUUUAAUCAGAUUAAUUAGUUAUUUUUUAGGGUUCUAUUCGACAUGAAUUAUUAGACAAUUUAUUUGAAUUCUAAUAGCAACUACUUAUCAAAUUUUUUUCAGACUCAUGGUUACUAAAAUAAUUUAUUCAAAGAAUUGAAUUAGAAGCAAAUAAUGAUAGUUUUAGUAGCAUAAUACCAUAUCUCCAUUCUUAUGUUUUAGUAUUUGAUUAUAUCAUAAGCUUAAGUGGAAAAAACUCUAAAUUAUUUAACAAAAAAUAGCUAGAAGAAGUAUAAACAAUUUAAUAAAUACUUUAUAAUAAGGAUAAUUUUGAUAUGAUUAUAAAAGCUAUGCAAAAAGUUUUAUUAGAUCUAAGCAAAGAAGAGGAUAAUAAGUAAUAAAUAUAACAAAUUACUUAAACUCUAAAUAACUACCAAAAUUAAUUUAAUAAGCAAAGUUAAACCAUAGAGGAAUCUGCUCAGCCAAAAUAAAAUUCAAACGAACACUCAACAGAAAAUAUUUAAGAUUCAAAACAUUCAGAAAAUGCUCUUGUAAAUGAGUAAUUUCUAAUAUCUUUUUCAGAUAGCAAUUUAAUUAAUACACAGAACAACUAAUGCUGA